AUGGAGAAUCAAUUUCAUGUUGGUGAUUUGGUAUGGGCAAAAGCCGAUCGCCACCCUUGGUGGCCUGGCCUUGUAUACCAUGAAGCUCUAUCAACUCCUCAGGCCCGGCAAGCAAAGAAAGAAGGCCGUGUGCUUGUUUCUUUUUUCGGCGAUAACUCAUAUAGAUGGUUGAAUCCAAAGAAACUUAUUCCGUUUGAAUCCAACUAUAGCGUAUACUCAAAUCAUUCUAGUUCACGUUUGUUCUUGAAAGCUAUUAAUGAAGCGGUUUAUGAGGUCAUCCACAGAGCUGCAAUAGGAAUGACUUGUCCCUGCGUAUUUUUUGCAUCCUAUCGACCAUCACAUGUGGACGGUUUUUUAGAUGUUGAUUUGGAUGGGUAUCAGUCURGAGGGGUUUAUACGGUGCAGCAGAUUGAAGGGUUCAGACAAGAAUUCCGACCAGUUGAAACACUUGCAUUCAUUCARCAACUGGCACUGGAUCCCAGCAAUGUGGCUGAAGAUAUCAACUCUUCAAAGGAAGUUGCCAAAGUUCUUGGCUUUCGCAAAGCAAGAUAUGCAGAGGUUGAUGAACCUUACUUUGUUGCAUUUGGGGUGAAUCCUGUUGCUACGAGGGCUGGAGAUGGUGUUGUUGCUACAAGGGCUGGAGAUGGUGUUGUGGCAUCAGACAAGCAGGAGAUAGCUUUAUUUCAAGAAGAUCCCUCUGAGGCCGAAAUCCUGGGUCAGGAAAAGCCUAAAGUCAAAGACCAAAGUAAAACGAAAAGACGCCUGAAGAAUAAAGUGAAACGCAGAGUGAAAAGAUACGGGCGUCAUGAUUCUAACACCACAACUUCUCAAGAUCAUGUUCCACAGAAGAAGAGACAGCCCAAGUUUGAGUUGGAAAAAGAGGUGGAGUUCACCUCAGCCAGUGAAGAUAAAAUACAAAGUUCCCCAAGUCCCUUUAAAGAACCCUUAAUAUCAAAUGCAGAUAGUGAUCUGCAACAGGAGGAAACUACCUUCACACCCCUUCAUGAUCUUGUUACUUCCCGUGGUGCUUCUGUAUGCGGAAUUCAAUGUCUUUCUGAUGAAAUUCAUGCACGAUAUUGGCAGCAAAAAGGUGAGACUCGUGUGAAGGUUAACCAAGGCAGCAUAGACAUUUCUGAGAAAAUGUUAUAUCUGCUCAACAAAUGCAGCCAGAUUGUACUGGAAUCGAAGGGUUUCUAG